AUGAAUUUCAGAUAAGAUCAAAUUGAUUAUAAGGAUCUAGUGCGAAGGAGAGAGGAGAAACGCCUGGUCAUUGGAAAGAAGAAGAAUCAAUUUGCUACAAGUAUCAAGCUUAUUUAUACAUAGAUUCACUUUCAAAUAAUGAAGAGGUGUACAAACAGUUAUAUCGCUUUGAUCCAGAGGUAUAGAAGUUUUUCAAUAAAAAUAGAGAGAAUUAUAAGAAUAUAGUCUAGCUAAGAAUGAAGAAUAGCCUAUUUAGUAAGCUGGACCCAUUGAACAAUCACAAGAAGAACCAAUUGAAGAGGAAGAGCAAGUAUUGAUUGAAUAAUAACAAUUAGGCUUAACCAGACAAUGUUACAUAUACAGCUAUGGUGAAGGGAUUAUUUAAAGAGAAGGUGCAAGUGUCUAAAAUACAAAAAGCCAAUUACAUAGACGCUACUGUCUUUCAUUAAUAUUAAAAAUUAAUUUAAACUGGGGAGGAUGCCAUUAAGUUUUUUGCUAAGUAUGGAAACACUACUCCAAUUAAAUUUAUUAAUUGUGUAAGCAAAGCCGGAUAUAUUGAACUUUAAUGUGAAGCCUACAAUAAAAAAGACAAAUUAAGACGUCAAAAUAAUACUGAGGAUGCUGAACUUGAGUUGCCUAUGGAAUUUAAUAAAAGUAAAGAACCUUUCAGACCUUAUGAUCUGAUUGUUGUCAAAACAAGGGAAAAUCAAAAGGAAUAAACAUUAAGAGAAUACUAUACUAUAUCUGCCCAUGGAAUUGUUCAUGUUUAUACUGAUAAGGGAAAAAAGAAAAUCUAAGGUGACCAUAGCACUGAAGUUAUUUCACUUUCUGAUUGGAUGCAUGAAAGUACAAUGUUCAAUAUUAUCACCAAUAUUUAAUUUUUCAAAAAUUACGCGAUAAGUAAUAAUUAUAUAUAAUAAUUCUAGCCAAAAUCUUUAAUAUUUGGAAAUCCAAUGUUAGGUACAAUCUAUUUAGUAAGACCAGAAAAAAGUUGAUUCAUGAAUCUUUUGUAGCCAAACCAGCUUUUGCUUAACAUUUGAUGGAUAUCAAUCAAAUGAUGUAUGAAUUACAACUUCAAAAAACUUUAAGUAAUAGUAUACAAUAAGCUAAUAAAACUUGGGAAGCAGAUGAUUUCUUUAAAGGUGAUUAAAAGAAAGCCAGAUCUGAUGCAUCUAAGCAUUAUGAUUCUGUGAUUGAUAAAGUAUUAUAAAAAUUAGAUACUGUUUGUAAAGAAGUUAUUGAUAGAACAAAUUAAAACAAUUAAUAAGAAAAUGAAGAAGCCAGAUUUGGAUAAUAAGUUAAAUAGAAACCUAUGAAUGAAGAAAGAAAAGAAAAGGAAGAAAAUGCCUUACUCUUAUAAUUGGCAGAAAAAGACAAAGGUAGAUUACAUUUAUUCAUUAAAUUGGUUGAUUAUAUGACAGUUGAAACACUUGUUUCUAUUAAUUAAACAUCUAUGAGUAUGUUAUUAGAGGAAAUGAAAAAAGAACGUAAAAAUGGAUUAUUCAAUACAGCAGUAAAUUUUGAUGUUUAAAUAUUUACACCAGAUGAAAAAGAAAUCUCAGAACAUUUGAAAUGUUUAUUAGAUGAUAUGAUUGUUGUUAUGAGAAAUACUGCAAGAGUAAUUUCUCAUUAAAGUAUGAUUGGAUACAUAAAGAAUACUAAAUUAGGAGAAUUAUUAUCUGAAUAAAAGGAAAAUAAGGAUUGUAUUGCUGAUGUAUAAGGUAUUAUAACAGAUAGCAUUGAAUAUUAAAAUAUAAAAAAUGAAAUAUUUGAAAAAGUUACUAGUGAUUUUCUAGCUGCUGAAAUUUAUGUGAAUCAAAAUUAUAUGAAAUGUAAACCUAUUUAUGAAUUCUUAAAUACUUGGAAUUAAGCAGAAUUUGAAAAAGAAGAACAUACACUUGAUAUCAUUAAAUCUCAUGUUAUGGAACUUAAAAAAUGGUUAUCAGNAUUUCACUUUCUGAUUGGAUGCAUGAAAGUACUAUGUUCAAUAUUAUCACCAAUAUUUAAUUUUUCAAAAAUUAUGCCAUAAGUAAUAAUUAUAUAUAAUAAUUCUAGCCAAAAUCUUUAAUAUUUGGAAAUCCAAUGUUAGGUACAAUCUAUUUAGUAAGACCAGAAAAAAGUUGAUUCAUGAAUCUUUUGUAGCCAAACCAGCUUUUGCUUAACAUUUGAUGGAUAUCAAUCAAAUGAUGUAUGAAUUACAACUUCAAAAAACUUUAAGUAAUAGUAUACAAUAAGCUAAUAAAACUUGGGAAGCAGAUGAUUUCUUUAAAGGUGAUUAAAAGAAAGCCAGAUCUGAUGCAUCUAAGCAUUAUGAUUCUGUGAUUGAUAAAGUAUUAUAAAAAUUAGAUACUGUUUGUAAAGAAGUUAUUGAUAGAACAAAUUAAAACAAUUAAUAAGAAAAUGAAGAAGCCAGAUUUGGAUAAUAAGUUAAAUAGAAACCUAUGAAUGAAGAAAGAAAAGAAAAGGAAGAAAAUGCCUUACUCUUAUAAUUGGCAGAAAAAGACAAAGGUAGAUUACAUUUAUUCAUUAAAUUGGUUGAUUAUAUGACAGUUGAAACACUUGUUUCUAUUAAUUAAACAUCUAUGAGUAUGUUAUUAGAGGAAAUGAAAAAAGAACGUAAAAAUGGAUUAUUCAAUACAGCAGUAAAUUUUGAUGUUUAAAUAUUUACACCAGAUGAAAAAGAAAUCUCAGAACAUUUGAAAUGUUUAUUAGAUGAUAUGAUUGUUGUUAUGAGAAAUACUGCAAGAGUAAUUUCUCAUUAAAGUAUGAUUGGAUACAUAAAGAAUACUAAAUUAGGAGAAUUAUUAUCUGAAUAAAAGGAAAAUAAGGAUUGUAUUGCUGAUGUAUAAGGUAUUAUAACAGAUAGCAUUGAAUAUUAAAAUAUAAAAAAUGAAAUAUUUGAAAAAGUUACUAGUGAUUUUCUAGCUGCUGAAAUUUAUGUGAAUCAAAAUUAUAUGAAAUGUAAACCUAUUUAUGAAUUUUUAAAUACUUGGAAUUAGGGAGAAUUUGAAAAAGAAGAACACACUUUAGAUAUCAUUAAAUCUCAUGUUAUGGAACUUAAAAAAUGGUUAUCAGACAUAAAUCAAUAUAUUAAAGAUAUUGCUAAAGGUAUUCUAAAUGUAGAUGGUAAAAAAAUAAAAAAUAAACUUUAACCAUAAGUUAUUACAAAAUUAGAAAAUUUUAAAGACUACUUAUAUAAAUUAAUGUAAAAGAAAGCUAAUCAAACAUUAACUACAUUAUAGACAUAUACAUCUAAUUUAUCUAAGAAUCCUUAAAAUCUUAAAGAAUAUGCUGAAUUUAUAGAAGCUAUCUAAGAAGCUGAAUAAAAUAUUAAAGGACUUGAAUCAGCAAAAAUAGAAGUUGAAGCUAUGCAUUCUUUAUUAAAAUCUAAAUUUGAUUUGAAUCCUUUAAAAAACUCAGAUAUUGUUAUGAUGGAUGAUAUUUAGGCAGAAUAUUUAAGAUUAACUUUGAAAAUUAAAGAAGCUGAAGAAUUAUGUAAAGAAAGAAAAUAAGAAAUGAUGAAAAAGCAUGAAGCUGAAUUUGGUAAAUUCAUUACUAAUAUUCAAAAUACAACUUCAUCAGUUAAUAAAGGUAAACUAAUAUUAGAAGAUACUUAACCUGCAGAUGCACUAUAACAAUUAAAUGAAAUUAAGACUAGAUCUUUAGAUAGAUUCAAAGAAAUGGAUAAGAACUAUUUACACUAUGCCAAAUUGAUGGGAUUAAGUGUUUCAACAAAUAAAGAUUUAUAAGAAUUAGAAGCUACCUAUAAUGAUAGAAGGAUGCUUUGGACACAUACAGAUAAAUUCAAUAAAUUAUAUGAAGAUUUAUAAAAGAACAUAUUUACAACUUUGAAUGUUGAAGAAAUUGAAAAAGAAAUGAAAAGUUAUGAAAUUGGAAUUCUAAAAUUAAGAUAAAAUAUUAAUAAUCUAUCAAAAGAAGGAAGAGAUAAAGUAUUAGAUUAACAUGCUGCUAGAGUCAGUAAUGUUUCUACAAUUAUGCCUGUUAUAUAAGCAUUAGGAAAUAAAGAUUUAAGACCAAGACAUUGGAAGAAAAUAUUUGAAGAUUUAGGAUCUAAUUGGUAACCAGGAAAAACAUUUACACUCUAAGAAUUGUUAGCAGAUGGUGUUAUGAAUAAGAGAGAAAAGAUUGAAGAAAUAUCAGCUAAAGCAUCAGGUGAAGCUAGUAUUGAAGCAUAAAUUGAAGAUAUUAAAUCAAAAUGGUCAUAAUUAUCAUUCAUAGUUAAUCAUUAUAGAGAAGCUAAAGAUAAAUUUAUUAUUGGUUCUUUAGAUGAUAUUAUUGCAGCAUUAGAUGAUCAUUAAUUAAAAGUUUAAACAAUGUUAGGAACUCGUUUUGUUGCUGAAAUUAGACCAGUUGUUGAAGAAUGGGAAAGAAAGUUGGUUCUUAUUUCAGAUAUUAUUGAUGAAUGGUUAUCAUGUCAAAGGUAAUGGAUGUAUUUAGAAAAUAUUUUCAGUGCAGAUGAUAUUUAAAAAUAAUUACCUUAAGAAACAACUAAAUUUAUGGGAGUUGAUAAAUUUUGGAGAGACAUUAUGAUGAAAACAUUUAAAAGACCUUUAGUUUAAGAUUGUUGUAAUUCUGAAGAAUUAUUAAAGAAAUUUUAAAUUAAUAAUAAAAUUUUGGAAGAUAUUUAAAAAAGUUUAGAUAAUUAUUUAGAAACAAAAAGAUAAGCAUUUCCAAGAUUUUACUUUUUGUCAAAUGAUGAAUUAUUAGAAAUUUUAUCUUAAACUCGUAAUCCUCAUGCAGUCUAAGCUCAUUUAAGAAAGUGUUUUGAUAACAUAAACAGAAUAAAAUUCUCUGAUAUAGAAGAUUCAACUGAAAUUAUAGCCAUGUAAUCAGCAGAACCAGAAACUAUGCCUGAAUUAGUUCCAUUUUCAACUAUAGUUAUGGCUCAAGGUCCAGUAGAACAUUGGUUAUUGAGAAUUUAAAAUAUGAUGAUUAAAUCAUUAUAUGAUAUUACUAAGAAGUCAUAUUUGUCAUAUCCAUAAAAAGAAUUAGAGAGAGAUGAAUGGUUAUUUGAAUAUCCAGCCUAACCAGUUUUGACUGUAGAUUUGAUAAAAUGGACAGAAGGAUGCACUACAGCUAUUGAGAGAAUGGGAAUGGGAAGAAAAACAUCAUUGUCAUAAUAUUAUGAUUUUAUGAUUUAGUUAUUAAAUAAAGAAGUUUCAAUUGUGAGAGGAGAUUUGAAUACUUUAUAAAGAACAUUGAUGGGUGCUUUGAUUGUGUUGGAUGUACAUGCUAGAGAUGUUGUUGGAACUAUGGUUGAAAAGAAUGUUGCAUCUUUAAAUGAUUUUGAAUGGGCCAAAUAAUUAAGAUAUUAUUGGGAAACAGAUGUAGAUAAUUGUGUAGUUAGACAAACCAAUACAAGAUUCAUAUAUGGUUUUGAAUAUUUAGGUAAUGGACCAAGAUUAGUCAUUACUCCACUUACUGAUAAAUGUUAUAUGACAUUGACAGGAGCAUUGCAUUUAAAUUUUGGAGGAGCUCCUGCAGGACCUGCUGGUACUGGUAAAACUGAAACAACUAAAGAUUUGGCUAAAGCUUUAGCUGUACAAUGUGUGGUCUUUAAUUGUUCUGAUGGUUUGGAUUUCAAGACUAUGGGUAGAUUCUUUUCAGGAUUAGCAUAAUGUGGUGCUUGGGCUUGUUUUGAUGAAUUUAAUCGUAUAGACAUUGAAGUCUUGUCAGUCAUAGCCUAAUAAAUUCUAACUAUUUAAUAAGCUAUAAGGUAGAAAUUAGAUUAAUUUGAUUUUGAAUCACGUACAAUUCCUUUGAAUAGGAGAUUUGGAGUAUUUAUUACUAUGAAUCCAGGAUAUGCAGGAAGAACUGAAUUACCAGAUAAUCUUAAAGCUUUAUUCAGACCAGUGGCUAUGAUGAUUCCUGAUUAUGGUAUGAUUGCAGAAAUUAUUCUAUUUUCAGAAGGAUUUGAAGGUGGUAGAAUAUUAGCUCGUAAAAUGGUUAAUUUAUAUUCAUUAUCUUCUGAACAGUUAAGUAAACAAGAUCAUUAUGAUUUUGGUAUGAGAGCAGUCAAAUCAGUAUUGGUUAUGGCAGGUGCAUUACGUAGAAAGAAUGCUAAUAAACCUGAAAAUGAAGUGCUUAUAAAAGCAAUGAAGGAUAGUAAUGUUCCAAAGUUUCUUGAACAUGAUCUCCCAUUAUUUUAUGGAAUUAUAAAGGAUUUAUUCCCAGAAGUUGAUAUGAAAGAAGAUAUUGAUAAAUAAUUAGUUGAUGCUAUUACAAAUUAACUUAAAUUGAAUCACUUUGAUGAUCCAGCAGCAUUUAAAAAGAAAAUCUGUUAAUUAAUGGAAACCAUAUAAGUCAGACACGGAGUUAUGGUUGUUGGUCUAACAGGAACUGGUAAGACUACAUUAAUACAUACUCUUGCAAGAGCAAUGGAAUAAUUAAAUAAAGAAGGAUCUUAAGAUUAUUAUCAUAAAGUUGUGUAAAAGUAAACAUUAAAUCCAAAAUCAGUUACAAUGAAUGAAUUAUUUGGAUAUACUAAUGUAUUAACAAAUGAAUGGACAGAUGGUAUUGUUGCUAGUAUUGUAAGAACUGCUGUUACAGAUACAACAGAUCAAAAGAAAUGGAUUAUUUUUGAUGGUCCUGUUGAUGCACUUUGGAUUGAAAAUAUGAAUACAGUGUUGGAUGAUAAUAAAAUGUUAUGUUUAAACAAUGGUCAAAGAAUUAAAUUACCUGCAACAUUCACAAUGAUGUUUGAGGUAUAAGAUUUAGCAGUUGCAUCUCCAGCUACAGUUAGUAGAUGUGGUAUGGUUUAUAUGGAACCACAUCAUUUAGGAUGGGAACCAUUAAUCAAGACUUGGGGAGUGUAAAUAAGAGAAUAAUAUAUGAAAGAUGAGAAGGUUCCAACUUAUGUGGAUACUCUGAUUGAUAAGAUAGAGCAUUUCUUUAAAGAUAAUUUGAAAGUUGUUAGAGAAGAAUUCAAAGAGAAAAUUCCAACUACUGUCAACAAUAUCUUAAAAUCACUACUUAAUUUGGCUUAAAUUAAUUUGAAAUAAUUGACUGAAACAGUUAAUUUAGAAAAGAUGAAUAAAUUCGAUAUGGAAUCUCAUAUUGCAAUGGUGUUGAUUUUCAGUUAUAUUUGGAGUGCUGGAGCCAAUCUACAUGAUUCUAGUAGAUCUUAAUUUAGUUAAUAUUUGAAAGGAAAGAUUAUUUCACUAUUCAGUGGAUUCCCAUUCGAGGGAGAUGUAUAUGAUUACUAUUGUGAUUACAAGACUAAAGAAUUCAAGCCUUGGACUGAAAAGAUUACAGAGUUUAAAUAUAAUUCAAGCAUUCCUUAUUUCAAUAUCUUAGUGCCAACAAGUGACACAGUUAAAUUUAAAUAUUUGAUAACUCAAUUAAUUGAGGGAGGAUUCAAUAUUCUUUUAUCUGGAGAAACUGGUACUGGAAAAACUGUUAUAAUAAAUGAAUACUUAUAUAGUUUAGAAUAAGAUAAGUUUGUAUUCUCUACACUUAAUUUCUCUGCAUAAACUAGUGCCAAGAAUUUAUAAGAUCUAUUUAUGGAUAAAGAUAAAUUUAUGAAAAAAAAGAAAGAUCUUUUAGGUCCACCAGCUGGUCGUAAAAUGAUCCUCUUUAUUGAUGAUGUCAAUAUGCCUGCAUUAGAAAAAUAUGGUGCUUAACCCCCAAAUGAAUUAUUUAGAUAAAUCAUUGAUCAAGGUGGAUUCUAUGAUCUUAAGAAAUUAUACUUUAUGUAUGUCAAAGAUUGUCAAUUCAUUACAGCUUGUGCACCUCCUGGAGGUGGACGUAAUCCUGUAACUCCUAGAUUAUUUAGACAUUUCAAUCAAACUUGGUGUCCAGAUCUUUCUUAACGAUCUAUGGAAGUCAUUUUCACUGCUAUCCUUAAGGGAUUUCUUAUGGAAUAAAAUAAAGGAUUGGAUAAAUUUGCAUCUUAUAUUGUCAAAUCAAGUGUAGAAAUCUAUUUCAAAAUUACUAAAGAGUUGUUACCCACACCUACUAAAUCUCAUUAUACUUUCAACUUGAGAGAUUUAAGCAAAGUUAUUUAAGGUGUAUUAUAAAUCAGAUAUGAAAAUUUAACAAAUAAGGAGAUGCUUAUUUAAUUAUGGGCACAUGAAUCACAAAGAGUAUUUUAUGAUAGAUUGGUUGAUGAUAAAGACAGAGAUUGGUUUUUGACUCAUUUAAUGGGACAUACUUAAAGAGUCUUUGAAUUUGAAUGGGAAAAGCCUCAAGUCUAGAAUCUACUUUUCGGUGAUUAUGGCAAUUCUAAUAAAGAUUAUAUUAGAAUUGAAAAUCCAUAAGAAUUGCCACGCAAGUUUCUGGAAUUCUUAAGUAUGUACAAUGCAUCUCAAAAGUAAAUGAAUCUUGUAUUCUUUACUGAUGCUAUCAUGCAUUUGAGUAGAUUAUGCAGAAUUCUUAGAUAACCUAGAGGAAAUGCACUUUUGAUUGGUGUUGGUGGUUCUGGUAGAUAAUCAUUAACUAAAUUAUCUGCUUAAACAAGAUCACAAUCUGUAUUUAGCAUAGAAAUUACAAAGAAUUAUAGAGAUUAAUCAUGGAAAGAUGACCUUAAGAAAUUACUAAAACAAGCAGGAGCUAAAGAUUAGGCUGUAGUAUUCUUGUUCUCUGAUACUUAAGUUGUUAGAGAAUCAUUUUUAGAAGAUAUUAAUAAUGUACUUAAUACAGGUGAAGUACCUAAUUUAUGGGCAACCGAAGAUAUUGAAGAAAUUAUUAAUGAUGUCAGACCAUUGGCAAAGGAACAGGGUUUAUAUGAUUCAAGAGAUGUUCUACUUAAAUUCUUUGUAAGUAGAGUAAGAGAGAAUUUACACAUCGUGUUAGCAUUUUCACCUGUAGGAGAAAAGUUAAGAAAUAGAUGCAGAUAAUUCCCAUCAAUUAUUAAUUGUUGUACAAUUGAUUGGUUUGAUAAAUGGCCAGAUGAAGCUUUAAGUAGUGUUGCAAUGAAAGAAUUGGGAGGUUAGGAACAUUUAGGUAUUGGGGAGUUUAUGGAUAGCUUAGCUUCCAUGUCUGUUAUAAUACAUUCAGAUGUGAAAACAUAUAGUGAAAGAUUUUAUGAUGAAUUAAGAAGAAAGAACUAUGUUACACCUACAAGUUAUUUAGAAUUGUUGAAAUUAUAUAUAGACAUGAUGAAAGUGUAAUCAAAUAUAUUACCUUAAAAAAUAAAGAAAUAUACAGUAGGUUUAUAAACUUUGAAGGAUACUAAUGAGGAAGUUGGAAAAUUAUAAAAGAAAAUUAUUGAGUUUUAACCUAUUCUUGAAUAAAGUGCAAAAGAUAAUGCUAAAAUGAUGGUUGAAUUAGAAGGUAAAUCAAAAGAAGCUAAUGUAACUGAAUAAAUUGUUUCAAAAGAAGCUGCAGAGGCAUAAAAGAAAAAGGAUGAAGUUAAUGAGAUGAGAGAUUCCUGUUAGGCUGAAUUAGAUUAAGCAUUACCAAUCUUGGAAUAAGCUUAAAAAGCAGUUUAAAGUAUAGAUAAAGCUGCNCUAUCAUGCAUUUGAGUAGAUUAUGCAGAAUUCUUAGAUAACCUAGAGGAAAUGCACUUUUGAUUGGUGUUGGUGGUUCUGGUAGAUAAUCGUUAACUAAAUUAUCUGCUUAAACAAGAUCAUAAUCUGUAUUUAGUAUAGAAAUUACAAAGAAUUAUAGAGAUUAAUCAUGGAAAGAUGAUCUUAAGAAAUUACUAAAACAAGCAGGAGCUAAAGAUUAGCCAGUAGUAUUCUUGUUUUCUGAUACUUAAGUUGUUAGAGAAUCAUUUUUAGAAGAUAUUAAUAAUGUACUUAAUACAGGUGAAGUGCCUAAUUUAUGGGCAGCCGAAGAUAUUGAAGAAAUUAUUAAUGAUGUCAGACAAUUGGCAAAGGAUAAGGGUUUAUAUGAUUCAAGAGAUGUUCUACUUAAAUUUUUUGUAAGUCGAGUAAGAGAGAAUUUACACAUUGUGUUAGCAUUUUCACCUGUAGGAGAAAAGUUGAGAAAUAGAUGCAGAUAAUUCCCAUCAAUUAUUAAUUGUUGUACCAUUGAUUGGUUUGAUAAAUGGCCAGAUGAAGCUCUAAAUAGUGUUGCAAUGAAAGAUUUGGGAGGUUAGGAACAUUUAGGUAUUGGGGAAUUUGUCGAUAGCUUAGCUUCCAUGUCUGUUAUAAUACAUUCAGAUGUGAAAACAUAUAGUGAAAGAUUUUAUGAUGAAUUAAGAAGAAAGAACUAUGUUACACCUACAAGUUAUUUAGAAUUGUUGAAAUUAUAUAUAGACAUGAUGAAAGUGUAAUCAAAUAUAUUACCUUAAAAAAUAAAGAAAUAUACAGUAGGUUUAUAAACUUUGAAGGAUACUAAUGAGGAAGUUGGAAAAUUAUAAAAGAAAAUUAUUGAGUUUUAACCUAUUCUUGAAUAAAGUGCAAAAGAUAAUGCUAAAAUGAUGGUUGAAUUAGAAGGUAAAUCAAAAGAAGCUAAUGUAACUGAAUAAAUUGUUUCAAAAGAAGCUGCAGAGGCAUAAAAGAAAAAGGAUGAAGUUAAUGAGAUGAGAGAUUCCUGUUAGGCUGAAUUAGAUUAAGCAUUACCAAUCUUGGAAUAAGCUUAAAAAGCAGUUUAAAGUAUAGAUAAAGCAGCUAUAAAUGAAAUGAAAGCCUUAAAGACUCCACCAAAUCUAGUGUAAAUUGUUAUGUGUGCAGUCAAUUUACUCUUUGGAGAAAAAGAAGACUGGCCAUCUGCUUAGAAGCUUCUAGGUCGUAUGACAUUUAUCCAAGAUUUACUUGAAUUUGAUGUUACAUAAGUUCCAGAAAGAAGAUUAUAGAAAUUGAAAUAAACUUAUCUUAGUAACCCAGAUUUCAAUAAAGAAAAGAUUAUGAAUGUGUCAUAAGCAGCUACAACUUUAUUAGUAUGGGUUGUUGCAACUGAAAAGUUUGCAUAAGUUAAAAAAGUAGUUGGUCCUAAAGAGAAAGCAUUAAAAGAAGCUGAAGCAUCCUUAAAAAAGGUUGAAUAGGAAUUGGCAAUAAAGAUGGGAUAAUUGAAGGAAGUAUAAGAUAUGGUUAAUGAACUCAAGAGAAAUCUUUAGACAUCUAUAAAUAAAUCUGAAAUGUUGAAAUAACAAUAAUAGACAGCUGAAAUUUAAUUAGUAAGAGCAGAGAAGUUAGUUUCAGGAUUAGCUAGUGAAGCUGAAAGAUGGAAAGUUAAUGCUGCAUUAUUAGAGGAAGAUUUAAGAAAUCUAGUUGGUAAUAUUAUUUUGGCUGCUGGAUCUAUUGCAUAUCUUGGACCAUUUACUUAUAAUUAUAGAUCUGAAAUUAUAGCCAAAUGGAUCAAUAAUUGUAAAGAGUUGAGUAUUCCUGUAAGUGAUAAUUUCACUCUUUAAAGAAUUUUAGCAGAAGAAGUAACAAUAAGAGAAUGGUAAGAAGCUGGAUUACCUGCAGAUAAUUUAUCAAUUGAUAAUGGAAUCUUUGUUUUCAAUUGCAGAAGAUGGCCAUUAAUUAUAGAUCCAUAAGGUUAAGCUAAUAAGUGGAUUAAAGCAUUAGGAAAGGAAACUAAUUUGCAAAUUACUAAAUUAAGUGAAAGCAAUUUUCUCAAAACUCUUGAAAACUCCAUUCGUUUUGGAUAAUAAGUUUUAAUGGAAAAUGUAGAGGAAGAUCUUGACCCUUCUUUAGAACCUAUAUUAUAAAAACAAACUACCAAAAAAGGAGCUGUACAUUUAUUACGUCUAGGAGACUAAGAUAUACCAUACAACAAUGAUUUCAAAUUAUAUUUUACUACAAAAUUACCAAAUCCUCACUAUAUACCUGAGAUCAGUAUUAAAACAACAAUCAUUAACUUUACUGUCACACCAUAAGGUUUAGAAGAUCAAUUGUUGGUUGAAGUUGUAAGAUAAGAAAGAAUUGAUUUGGAAGAAAAAAGAGUUAAUUUAAUACUUUAAAUAUCUUAAGACAAGAGAUAAUUAUAAGAAUUGGAGGAUAAGAUAUUGAAAUUAAUAUCUGAAGCAUAAGGUAGAAUAUUGGAAGAAGAAGAUUUAAUUACAACUUUGGAUGCAUCUAAAAUUACAUCUGAUACUGUCAAUUAACGUAUGGCUUAGUCUAAGAUUACUGCUGAAGAAAUCAAUUAAGCAAGAGAACAAUAUCGUAUUAUUGCUAGAAGAGGAUCGGUUAUUUACUUUGUUAUUGCAGAUCUUGCUUUGAUUGAUCCUAUGUAUUAAUAUUCUUUAGAAUUCUUUAUUAAAUUAUUUAAGAAGAGAUUAGAAGUUGCACCUAAUCCUCCAUCAUUAGAAGAAAGAUUAGCAGUGUUGAUUGAUGAUAUUACUAAAGCAUUUUAUAUCAAUAUAUGUAGAGGAUUGUUUGAGAAAGAUAAGUUAUUAUUUAGUUUCUUGAUUGCUAGUAAAAUUUAAUUACAAGCAUAAUAUAUACAUGUUAGGGAAUGGAAUAUCUUUUUAAGAGGAGGCACUGGCACAGUACCAAAUGAAGAACAUCCUUCAUUCUUAAGUGAGAAAACAUGGAAGAAUUGCAUGAUGUUAAGUAAAUAAUCUCAUGUCUUUGCAUAAGUACCAAUGUCAUUAAAAGACAGUAAUGAUGAAUCAUUAUGGAGAGAAGUAAUGGAUGCUUAAGAUCCAUGGAAAUGUGAUUUACCUCUUGUAUUUCGUUCAUUGGAUCCAUUUUAAAAAUUAUUAUUAUUCAAAACACUUAGAGAUGAGAAAUUGGUUAUUUUAAUCAAAAAUUAUGUGUCAGAUACUAUAACAUCAUUUUUCAUUGAACCCCCUGUUUUUAAUUUGAAAGGUGCCUUUUAAGAUUCAUCUUGCACAACUCCAAUAAUAUUUGUAUUAUCUCCUGGAGCUGAUCCUAUAACAUAUUUAUUAAACUUGGCUAAAGAUAUGGAAAUGGAAACUAAAUUAAAAAUUAUUUCAUUAGGUUAAGGAUAAGGUAAUAUUGCAAAGGAAUUGAUUAAAACAGGUAGAAGAACAGGAGAUUGGGUUUGUUUAUAGAAUUGUCACUUGGCUAUAACAUGGAUGCCAGAAUUAGAGAGAAUUUAAGAAUUAUAAGUAGAAGCAGAUACAGAUGCCAAUUAUAGAUUAUGGUUAACAAGUAUGCCUACAGAUAAAUUCCCUGUUCCAGUAUUAUAGAGUGGUAUCAAAUUAACAAAUGAACCACCUAAAGGAUUAAAGGCAAAUAUGAUGAGAACAUAUAAUGAUUUAUCAGGUUAUGAUUCUUGCACUAAGUAAGAUGAAUAUAAGAAACUGUUAUUCUCAUUAGCUUUCUUCCAUGCAGUUAUUUUAGAAAGGAGAAAGUUUGGACCAAUUGGUUGGAAUAUUCCAUAUGAAUGGAUGAAUUCAGAUUUCGAAACUUGUUAAUUACAAUUGAAAAUGUACUUAGAUGAAUAACCAGAAGUUCCAUAUUAAACAUUGAAUUAUAUAAUUUCAGAAAUCAAUUAUGGUGGUAGAGUUACAGAUGAUAAGGAUGUUAGAUUAAUUACUGAUCUACUUAAAUAAUAUUUCUGUCCUGCUGUUCUAAAUGAUCCAAACUAUAUAUUCUCAUCUAGUGGUGUUUAUCAUCCACCUUAGAUUAUAGAUUUACAAUCUGUUAUUUAAUAUAUAAGUUCAUUACCUUUAGAAGAUGACCCAGAAGUUUUUGGUUUACAUACUAAUGCUAAUAUUACUUUCUAAUAAAAAACAGUGGCUGAAUUUAUGAGUACUUUAUUGUCAGUACAACCAAGAAUGGUAGCAGAAAAGGGAGUAGAAGAGACACCUGAUUAAAUUGUGUUUAAAAUAGCUAAAGAAAUAUUAGGAAAAUUGCCUCCACUUUUAGUUUAGAAGAAAGAAGUAGCUACCGAAUCUUUAGUUAUCUUUAGAUCAUAGGAAGUUGAUCGUUUUAUUAAAUUAGUUCGAGUUAUGAAAAAUUCAUUGGAAUUAUUGUAGAAAGCUAUUCAAGGAUUAGUUGUUAUGUCAAUUGAAUUAGAAAAAAUGUUUAAUUCAUUCUUGGAUGCUAAGGUUCCUGAAAAUUGGGAAAAUGUAGCCUAUCCAUCUUUAAAACCCUUAGGUUCCUGGGUUACAGAUCUAAACUAAAGAUUGGUAUUUAUGAAAAUAAUUUAUUUUUAGGAAUUCUUUAAAUAGUGGCUUGAAAAUGGAACUAUGAGAUCUUAUUGGUUAUCAGCUAUGUUCUUCCCUCAAGGUUUUAUGACUGCCACAAAAUAAACUUAUGCUCGUAAAACAAAAACUCCUAUUGAUACUUUGACAUUCAGAACUUAAGUUAGACCAUUCUACAAGGACAAUAUUUAAGAUGUUCCUUAAGAUGGUAUAUUAUUAUUAUUUAAUAUUUAGGUGUCAAUGUUGAUGGUCUCUAUUUACAAGGAUGCAAAUGGGAUGUUGGAACUAAUCAAUUAGAAGAAUCUGAUCCUUUAGUGUUAUUCCAAGAAAUGCCUGUUAUUUGGUAAUAUUUUAAAUUCUAAUAAAAUAGGCUUGAACCUGUAAUAGCAUCAGCAUAAAAUUAAAAUGCUUAGAAAUUGUACAAAUGCCCUCUUUACAAGACUUCUACAAGAAGAGGAACACUAUCAACAACAGGUCAUUCAACCAACUUUGUUUUAUAUUUGGAUUUAUUUACUGGUGUGGAACCAGCAGUUUGGACUAGACGUGGAGUUGCACUAUUAUGUCAACUUGAUGAUUGA